AUGAGCAACGGCAAGACUGCGCUAGGAAUUUUGGGCGGUGGUGAGGACGAGCUGCUGCAAAGUUUCGUGAGAGUUGGUCUUCGGACGGAUGGCAACGAUGAGCAGCAGUCGAACGUGGAAGGAAGUGGCGGAAGUGGACCACCGACCGUCUCCAUUCAGCAUCAGCCGAGCCAGGCCAGGCUGGACACGCAUCUGACACGCCAGUACUCGGAUCACUGCUCAGACAUGAGCGACAAGAACGCGCCCAGGAAGUAUCGCGAUUUGUUCAACGAGCCGAUAAACAUGGACCUUAAGAAGCGGCGCUAUUGCGACGAGGUCUACACCGACAAGGAUCGGGCGGCCGCCGUAAGCAUAGGCAACUUCGACAUCAAACAAAAUCUACUCAAUAAACGUCGCCAGGAGCGCAACGAGGCGCUGCAACUGCCGGAGGAAGCCGAUCCGGGCGCCAUCUUGGCCUUGGGAAUGCGCGAAAUCAAGAACCGAAACCUGGACAAUGCCGUCCAUUUCAUUUCGAAGGCACUGGAAAUGAACACCAACGACCAGAACGCGCUGGUGGCCAGAAGCCGAUGCUUCUUGCAACUCGGCGAGCCCGGGAAGGCAUUGCAGGACGCAGAGACGGCGCUCGUGUUGGAUAAAAACAACAUCAGGGCCAUCUACCAGAAAGCGGAAGCGCUCUACUAUCUCGGCCAAUUCGAGCAUAGCCUGAUGUUUUUUCACCGUGGGUUACGCUUGCGGCCGGAGUUGGCGAGCUUCCGGUUGGGUGUUCAAAAAACGCAGGAAGCCAUCGAGAACACCAUCGGCAAUAACACGAAGAGUCAGCCGCAAAAGAAACCGGUCAAGCCGGAGAAACCGAAGACGGCCAAACGGGCGCAGCUUUCGCGCGAUGAGCUAGAACGGCGUGCCUCCCGGCGGCUGCUGGGGGACCUGUUCAUCGACAAGGAGUACCUGGAGAACCUGCUGAAGCAUCCGGACCUGCGCAAGGCGGACACCAACACGGAGAGCAUUUCGGAGUAUGCCAAGGAUGCGAUUAACUUUCUCAACAACCGCCAGGAGUUUUGGCGCCAGCAGAAAACAGAAACGCCGCUCACCGGUUUGCUCGACAGAAGUUAA